UCCCGGGCUCGUGGCCGAUACACACGCCCUCAGCCUCCUCUUUGUUCAGCUCAAGAACUCGACGAACUCAUCAGCAGGACAGCAGCCGGCCGGUGGAUUCGAUGGAAUUCUAUUCAGUGUAUGACGUGCCGAUCGACCAGCUGCUCGGAGUACCAGCGGAUGAGAGUGACCUCCACAAAUGCUGGGAAGACUUUGGAGCCAAUGGAGGCCAACUUGCAGCUCCCCACUGUCCUUGUACCCACGACGAGACGCCAGACGCCACGCCGUCGGAGACGGAGCGCGCCGCUCAUACAGUGCAUGUGCCCGAGAGCGGCUGGAGGCGCAAGAGAGGCCCUCGCAAGAGAAGGGUGCCGUUGUGCACAGACCAAUCUUGGCAUCUGGGUAACCAUUUUGGGGAAACGUCACAUAGAACCAACAAUAGCCACUGGACACCUGAAGAGGUAGCUACGCUGGUGGAUCGCGUCCAAGAUUGCGGGGUUGCACGGUGGUCUGCGAUGAAGAAGAAAUGGUUUCCAACGUCGGUCCGAACUGCGGGCAAUCUCAAGGUGAAGUGGUGUGGUCACUGGUGAUACAUUCUGUGAGAUACCGCCCCAUCCACUGAACGAAUGAAUGAUGGUUAAAUUAGUUUUAUGUUUGGUGCAUUUGUCGCAUGUUGUUCUUACCUUGUCUCGUCGGCAACCCCCUCUAAUUAUUUGUCCUAGGUCCGCCACUAACACCAAUCCAUCAUUUUGUUUAAUUUUUCGGGAUAAGUGGAGAAAUCUACUGGAAUCAUACACGGGAGAUGCAGAAAAAAGUUGCUAUCUGCAUCUUGACAAGAAGCUGAUCGAACGAAUCAAAAAGGCAGCACUCAACAACCCGUAUCCGAAACCAAGGUGCACUGAUGAAUGAUGAAGGGGCCAUUGUUUAGGACUUUUUACAUUGUGAUGCAGUGCCUUGUAAAACACUCUCCUACUAAUGGAGGCAAGAUGUUUUAGCAGCUUGUAUCCCCUGCCUAGGUCUCCUGCUCCAGUGUUAAGCUAACAUUAUUUGAAGGCUAGAUGUUUUAGCAGUGCUUAAACUACACACUCUAUGCGUGGCUACCUUCCUAGUCUUCUGGUUCUGGGUAGUGAUA